UGAGGAGGAGGUGUAGUGGAAGUGGAAGUAGAAGGAGGAGGAGUCUGUUUGUUGACAUCGGACGAAAACGAUAAUCAGAUGAGUGAAUCAGACUGGUGACAAUAACUCAAUUUCUCGCCGUCAUCAAGACACAGCCUUGGCGAAAGCUAAGGUCCUCUGCCCUGUCUUUGAUCUGAGCUGGAGAAGAAGAGGCUAACAUGGCAGCCAAAGCAGGAGACAACCCUGAUAGCCUCAUGACUCUGUCAACAGUCUUCUGCCUGAAGAACCUCAGGAAGACCAUGUGCUACCAGGGUAUCAGGAACAAGCUCUGCCUGCGUUCAGACAUCUUCCUUCCCAGUGAAAUCUGCGACAAGCUGGUCAACACAUACAUGGAGUUGGUCCACACAGAUAGUAACUUUGAACCAGAGGAGAGCUUCUUCCAACUAUUCUCAGACCCUCGAAGCACCAGACUGACCAGGGUGCAGCUGAGAGAAGACUUUGUACAUGACAGAGAUCUUGAGGCCAUUAGAAAACAGGACCUGAUUGAGCUCCACCUCACCUACUGCAACAGUCUGUCAUCCCGCAGCUUGAAAACACUGACCUGCUUCCGUGAGACGUUGGUGUCUCUUUGUCUCUUCGGCUGCAGUCACAUCUUCUACAGGAAGGGUGGUGCUCCACUCGCUUGCAAUGAAGAUACAGAGGACGAGGAGGAGGAGAGCCCUGCUUCUAGGCAGGCAUUAGAGACGGACUUUAAUUUCCAGGGGUUCAACCGCCUCAGGUUACUCAAUUUAGGCGGCCUGCCUGACGAGGUGGAUGCUGAGUCCCUGCUCAAACCCCUGAAGUCACUCACCUCACUAGAUCUGUCUAAUGUACAAUUGCUGGGAACAUCUUUUCUCACCCAGUGGAGAGACAGACUGGCAUCUCUUGUUCUCUACAAUGUGGACCUGUCAGAGGAGUUGGUCAAUACAGUGGUGGAGAUUGUUAAUCUCAGGCAUCUUGACAUCUCCCGAGAGAGCAGACGGACCUCUAAGUUUAAGAUGACCAGGAAAAUCCUGACAGCCAUAGUCCAGCGUCUGAUCAAUUUGGUGUCACUGGACAUCUCAGGGCACACUAUGCUGGACAACUGCACAGUUCCACACUUUGAAGAAGCUAUGGGUCGGCCAAGCACUGAGCCAUGCAAGAGCAGCAUCUAUCCUUUCCAGGAACUGAAGAGGCCCCUGCAGUUUCUGGGCUUAUAUGACACCACCCUCUGUAAUGUGACACACAUCCCUGCUUAUAAGGUGACUGGAUCAAAGAAUGAAGACCAGGUCCUAAAUGCCAUUGAGACUUACACAGAGUUUCGCCCUGAGCUGGCCCACAGAGCAAUCAAUCAGCUGUUUGACAUUGCCAGAAUACAACACUGCAGCCAACUGCUCCGAGCUUUGCAACUUGUCAUCGCCGCAUUAAAGUGCCAUAAAUAUGACAAAAGCAUCCAGGUGACUGGCAGCGCUGCUCUGUUCUACCUGACAAACACAGAGUACCGUAGUGACCAGAGUGUGCGGCUGCGUAGAGAGGUCAUUCAAGUGGUACUAAAUGGAAUGGAGCAGUACCAGGAGGUCACUGUCCAGAGGAACUGUUGCUUGACUCUGUGUAACUUCAGUAUUCCAGAGGAGCUAGAGUUCCAGUAUAGUCGGGUCAACCAGCUGCUGCUGAAAAUCUUGGAGCCAGCCAGGCAGGAUGAGUCCAUCCAGAGAAUCGCUGUGCACCUCUGCAAUGCUUUGGUCUGUCAGGUGGAUAACCAUCACAAGGAAGCUGUCGGAAAGAUGGGAUUUGUCAAGACAAUGUUGAAUUUAAUUCAGAAGAAACUCCAGGACAGGAUGUGUGACCAGGUGAUGGAGUUUUCCUGGAGUGCUCUGUGGAACAUCACUGAUGAGACGCCCGACAACUGUCAGAUGUUCCUCAACUGCCGGGGCAUGAGUCUCUUUCUGGAUUGUCUACAGGAGUUUCCAGACAAACAGGAGCUUCACCGCAACAUGUUGGGGCUUUUGGGAAAUGUUGCUGAGGUCAAAGCACUGAGGCCACAGUUGCUCACCCCACAGUUCAUCACUGUAUUCAGUAACCUGCUGGACAGCAAGGCAGAUGGAAUCGAGGUGUCGUACAAUGCAUGUGGCGUGCUUUCACACAUCAUGUUUGAUGGGCCAGAGGUUUGGUCGAUGGAAGAGCCGCAAAGAGACACAGUGAUGUCCAAGAUGUGGGAUGCCAUCCAGAGCUGGGACGUCAGCUCACGCCGCAAUAUCAACUACAGGUCAUUUGAGCCCAUCCUGCGACUGCUGCCCCAGAGCAUCUCCCCUGUCAGUCAGCACUGGGCCACGUGGGCUCUCUACAACUUGGUGUCAGUUUACCCAAACAAGUAUUGUCCCUUGCUGAUUAAGGAAGGAGGAAUAAGUCUUCUAGAGAAAGUUCUGGAACUGGAGAGCUCACAUCCAGAUACAAAGGACAUGGCCAGCAAAGUAAUGGAGCAGUGUGAAAAAUUCAAAGACGAUCCCAUGGAAACAAAUCAAGGGCAGGAGGUAAACUAUGGACAGAGAGGUUGACAGCACAGGAGCCAUGAUUCCCGGCAAACAUCAAGCAAAACAACCUAAAGCCCCUCCUACUGUCAUCACCACAAGGGUCAAUUGUGUGCAUUAUUCUUAUUCUUAUCAUUCUUUUGUAGAGCAGAAAUGUGUUUCUGACCCUCUUCACAGCAGUUUGGAAAAAACCUUAAUAUAUGACACAUAGGACUUAAGAUGUGGUGCAUGGUGUUUUUUGUUGUGAGGGUGCUUACCGUUGCUGCACAUGAGCAUCUCUUCAAUUGGGCCAGGUUUGUUGGAGUGGUUGACUAUAAUCUCUGUGUGUGUGUGUGUGUGUGGGGGGGGGGGGUGGUCAAAGAUUUAAUAAUGGAACAAAACAGUUGGAGUAACGCUUGGUUCUCAGUGGAAGGCAACUAAAGCCCUCCCAAGCUCACUACCCAGUACUGUGUAACAUUGAACAAUAGGCUGAAGGCCGCGUAGUGUCCCGCACAACCAUCAGAGGUCUCAGCUCUCACACUACUCAAUCUUAGUCGCUCGUGCUUGCGGGGGCCUCUGAGCUGUUGACGCUGAUGUACAGUGAAAACUAGCCAUUAUGUGUGUAGCGCAGAAAAGCACCACACUGAUGUUGAUGGGAGGGAAGUCUUCCCAGACAUUGUGGCACAAUGAUGGAAUGAUUUGUUAAAUAUGUAAAUAUUCUCUGUUUGUCUCAUCCUUUUACUGUGUGUAGGUUUUUUAAUAUAACUGUAAACACUCAUGACUUUACUCUCUAUUUAAAUGUGUUUAGGUUUGACUGACUAAGUGCUAAGAAACUAUAUACAGAAUACCCAGUCAUUCAAAACUCUUCUUCAUGGAUCAUUUAGAUUUAGUUCAACCUUACUUCUGUCUUUAAUUGUCUGGCAUUUUAACCUGAUUCUGUUGAUUCUUCUUACUGGAAGCAGUAGUGAGCUUCAACUAUGAGGGACAUCAAAACACCCAAAGCAAAUACACUAUGUGGCCAAAAGUAUGGGGACACUACCAGCCCAGUGCGCAAAGCCAGGUCCAUAAAGACAUGCCUUUCCCAGUUAUGUGUGGAAGGACUAGGCUGGCCUGCAAAGUGUCCUGACCUAAACCCCAUCCAACACCUUUGGGAUGAAAUGGAUCACUGACUGCAGGCCAGGCGUUAUUGCCCAGCAUCAGUGUUGGGCCUCACUAAUGCGGUAUGUAUGUUUAAAGUUGAAACUGAGAUGAUCUGUUCAGGAAGUCAUUAGUGGCUCUGAGACAUAAUGUAUCAUGAUCACAUGGAGGGACUGCUUCAAAUGUUUGACUGACUUGAGUGAAUACAGAAGAAUCAAGUUUGAUCCCCACCUCUUGUAAACGUAAAGGUUGAAUUCCUACUCCAGCUAUCACAGCUCUCCCUCCUCACUUUAACCAAGUGGUUUUGGUGUAUUUUGACUGCACCUUUUUUCUUAACACAAAUCAGUUUGACGUUAUUCACUCCAUUUGGUGUUGUGGUCUUAAAAGUGCCCUGUGGAGUUUCGAUGUUUCUCACCAAAACUCACUGUGCAUGUGCUUGAGGCCUAACUUGUUGAAUGCCUUUUUCCUCAUAAAUAUUUUUAAAGCUGAUUUUUAAAAUUAUUUUUAUUUUGCAACCUGCAAAGGGUUUCUAGCUCAGUAUUCUUCUUUGCUGGCACACUGCUGUCUUGCCACCAACUGUCUAUAAAUGGAAUGGCAUACUGUAAACUGUCAGCACAAAUAUCUCUAGCGCUGCCCACACGCUCUUCUAUGAGGGUCCUUUUACGUGAGCUGAAGUUACAAACAAAAUGGUGACCUGCUCAUCAGACCAGUGCACCACACCACUACUAGUGGUUAAAACCUCCACAGGGUACAUUUUAGGCUGACCCUAACCAACUGGCUUCUUCACUGACACUGAGAUCAUUUACAGGAAGAGUUGAAUUAGAAAACUCCUCUGCAAACAGCAUUGACAGUAAAUGCCUCACAUGAGAAAGUGUUCGCUUGGCUAUCAAAGGCAGUUUCUUACAUUCACAACUACAAUAUCAAAAUCUCAACAGUAGCUGUCUGAAUAUUGAGCAGUUGCUUUUCACUUAGAGAGCAGAUCACCUGUCGCAGGUAUUCAUUUUCAUACCAGCGAGGCAUGGCAAACACACAGAUUUGUCCUGUUUUUAAUAUCUUGUUUUAACGCUUUAAUGAUAAAACCUGCAAUUUAGUUCAGAAGUCCAACAGACACACACAGGAUGUUUUCCAUUGUGUAUCAUAACCACGUCCGCAAUAACACACCUGAUUUGGGACAGUUGAUGUAUGCUGUGUUGGGGUUGCCUUUCUGUCCUUAACAUUCAGAGGACGGUACAGUUGUGUACCCACUGAAUAUAUUUACCGUAAUAUGAAUCAAAUAAGGAAGGUUUCUUAUUUAAGUCUCCAUGCCAGUAUCAGUGAGUGGAAAUGAUUUAGGGUUAAAAUUCUACUGAUAGUUUCUGUGUUUCUGUGGCUUGGCUCUCAGCUAGUGAUUCCAUAAUUGAUUAAUCAGAUUUUUUUGUCUUGUCGGACCAACAGCCCAGACCCCAGAGCUAUUCAAUUUUCAGUGGCAUUAAACAAAGAAAAGUGUUUAUUAAUGACCACAAUUGUUGCAGAUUUAAAUGCCAAUCAGCACUUGAGCACAGUUUCACAUAUGUACUCUGAUUAGGUCUGUGCUACAGUAUGUUUCAGCCUUGGUUUAAUCCUGAGAACAUUGCAUUGCUGUCAUUUUAAUUUUAAGUUUCACUUUAAUAAAUGACCUGAAUGGGGUUGAAUGAGCAGUUUGAGUGAUUAAAGACUCACUUCUCCCACAGCGGUAAAUGCAGCACUGAGGCUGAUAACAGGAUUGGAUGGUGCGUGUAUUAAAUUCAUUUUGCUCCUAAGCCACAGAGUGCCAGGAACUGAAAAUCCGCGGCAGUGAGGGGAAAAUACUUUACAUCACCAGUCAUAGUGCAUAACAUCAUUCAAAAAGUUUUUUUCUCCAACUGCAAAAUGUGUAUUGCACAGUGGUUUCUAAUAUGUAGCACACUGGCACCACAGUGUGUGCGCCUCGAGUAGGUUUCCAGUAUCAGACUCUGUACAGUGUCCUUCACAGUCCCCAACAUUUACAGUUAAGGAUUAUGUUCAGUGAUGUCUAACUGAUCUUUUUAAGCUAUUUCAUAUCAGUUGUGUCGAGUUGAUCCACUGACUUGAUUUCCUGAUUCUCAUGUACAGUUUUUCUUUGUGUGAUUUGUGGGAAUCUGAUUGGCACAGCUUUGUUUCUAUUGCUAUUUCACAAUCACAGUCACGGUGAAAAUGAGUAUUCCAGACAGUGGUGUGAGAUGAAAAGCUUUAGUAGAGACUCACUUAAUGUUUCUGUUUUGAAUUCAAAUGUGUGGAUUUGAAGAGUAUAUACCAUGCUUUCACAUACGAUCGAAACAAAUUUCUUAAGAUUCACACGGUGUUUGAAUAGCUCCUAGAGAAAGUAGAUAAUUAUUUGGACAUCUUAAGUGAGUUACCUAUUCUCUGUCAUUUGAAGUCAUUAAAUGUUUCAAUUUAUGCUUUCUAUAAAACAGUGACAGCAGGUAGCUACUGUCGGGGGUUGAUUGUAAUUUAUAAAAGGUGUAUAUGUGCUGGGAAGUGAAAUACUGUUUCAGGGGAACUGCAGUGUCAAACUGUUCAGAAUUUCAUCUACUAAUUUCUAAAUGUUUCUAAAGUCUGUCAACACUUACUCUUUUCUUGCUGAUAAGUGUAAUCCAAAAUGGUGAGAAGGAUAUUGGAUUCAGACAUUAUGGAAUUCCUAUUUUUCCUGAUCUAACUAGUACCAGGCCAUUAGUGUAAAGAUAUGAUUAAGCAAUAAAUAUGGAGUGGUUAAAUGGGAA